AUGUGUUCCCUUGCAGCCUCUCAACCGCUAACAAACAGCUCAAAUUCCACAACCCAGGAACACAAGAUCAACAAUUUUCUCGACCAUGCUCAGACCCUCCAGGCUCCUCUACCAAACCCCUCUCUGCAGGUAACAGCCGACCACAAUUUGAAAAGAGUCGACGCACCAGUAUAUGCACCUCAGGCUGGCGAGGUUCUUCUUCACAUUAAGGCCACUGGACGUAUUGGAUCUCUUGUUUUCGAGGGCGAUUGUAUCAUUGGGCAUGAGGCGGCUGGCGUAGUGAUACAAGUUGGCGAGGAUGUUGACAACUUCAAGCCUGGCGAUCGGGUGGCUGUUGAGCCUGGCGUUCCUUGUGGGCAUUGUUUCCUCUGCAAGGAUGGUCGAUACAACCUCUGUGAAGAUGUCCAGUUCUCGGGUGUCUACCCUUAUGCUGGAACUCUACAGCGAUACAAAGUCCAUCCUUCUAAGUGGCUCCAUAAGCUUCCUGACAAUGUAUCCUUCGCUGAAGGCGCCCUUCUGGAGCCCUUGAGCGUUGUCCUACACGGCAUCAACUCAGCCCCCAUCACCCUCGGAACACCCGUCGUUAUCUGCGGCGCCGGCCCCAUAGGUCUUCUCGCUCUCGCUUCUGCACGAGCUUCGGGUGCCCAUCCACUUGUCAUCACUGACGUGGAGCCCAAGCGAUUGGCGUUUGCUAAAGAAAUGGUCCCUACAGUGAAAACCUACCAAGUCGACACUACUAAGAGCAACGAGGAGAAUGGUAAAAAUGUGAGGCGUUUGUUUGGCGAGACGGAGUAUGUUCAGCCUCGAGUUGUUUUUGAAUGCACGGGCAUUGAGAGCAGCGUAUGUUCGGCUGCUUUCAUGGUGCGUCGUGGAGGUGUUCUCAUGGUUGUCGGUGUGGGCAGAUCCAUUAUGAACAACCUACCAUUUAUGCACUUGUCACUUGCUGAGAUUCAAAUUCGAUUCAUCAACCGGUACAAAGACACGUGGCCUGCGGGUAUCGCGUGCCUUGAAGGAGGCCUUGUUGAUGCGAAGAAGCUUGUAACACAUGUCUUUCCUUUGGAGCAGGCACUUGAAGGCUUGACUUUAUCAUCAGACCCCAAAAAUGGAUGCAUCAAGGUCCAAAUUGUUGAUGAUACAGAAACCACAUUCUUCUAA